CCUCUCCCUCUCCACCCUCUCCCAGCACGCCCUCAACAGCAUCUACGGCGGCAUCCACCCCCUCCACGCCCAGGUAUCCCACUCCACCAACAUCCCCCGCGCCCUCGCCCGCUGCCUCCAGCACGCAAAGCACGAGCAUGGCGUCGGCUGGGACGACAUUGACGCCGUCGCGUACACCAGGGGGCCCGGCAUGCCCGGCUGUCUGAGUGUCGGCCAGGGCACAGCGCGGGCCCUCGCAGCAGCGCUGGGAAAGAGGCUCGUCGGCGUACAUCACAUGCAAGCCCACGCGCUCACACCCCUCCUCACCUCGGCCGCCGCCCCCGAAUUCCCAUUCCUCAUCCUCCUCCUCUCCGGCGGACAUACCCAACUCGUCCUGGCCAAAGGCCUGUUCAAAUUCAAAAUCUUGCUCGAUACACUCGACUCCAAAAUCGGCGACGUCUUUGAAAAAUCCGCCCGUCUCCUCGCCCUCCCCUCCGGCCCCAAAGCCCCCGGCGCAAUCCUCGAGCACUACGCCUCCCUCCCCGCCCUCCCGCCCUACGACACCCACCCGCUCCCUGCCUCCCAGCUCAUCCCCAUCCCACUCACCACCCUCCAUGCCAAAAACACCCUCGCCUGGUCCUUUGCCGGCAUGCUAGCCGCCCUCCAACGAGCCGUCCACGACCGCCGCCAGCGCCAGCCCGCAUGGGACGAACCCGACAGGCGCGCAUUCGCAAACCUCGUCCAGACCGCACUCACCACCCACCUCCUCACCAAACUCGCCCAGCGCAUCGCCCUCCUGCCGCCCGACACGCGAGCACAGCUCGGCGGCAUCGUCGUCUCCGGCGGCGUCGCCUCCAACGCCUACAUCCGCUCCCAACUCGACCGCCUUGUGAAAACCGAAAACGGGUUGUUUCCCCCCGCGGGGAGAAACCUCUACUACCCGCCGCUCCAUCUAUGCACAGACAACGCCGCGAUGAUCGCGCACACUGCGCUUAUCAGGCUCCAGACCGGGCUGAGAUCAGAUCCCGAUGAUCUGAAACUGAGAGCAAAGUGGUCCCUGGAGGAUAUGUAUGAUGAUGUCCCGGAGGAAGCCUACAUGGUCAAGGGCGCGAAAGAGGUUGGCAUGGGGUUGUAGAAUCGUUGGCUGUAGAAAUCGUUGGCUGUAGAAUCGUUGGCUGUAGAAAUCGUUGGGCUGUAGGGCAAUAUGUACAAUGUCGUUGCAUUUCAUAAUCACUUUCGCACCAGUCGUUAUAGCAAAUAAUGAA